CAGACACACGUCAGACCUAGAAAGACUUAGCAACUUACACUUAUGAUGCUGUCAUUGCUGUUGCUGCUGGCUCUGUCACCAGCCAGUCCUCAGGGCACUGUGAAGAAGCACUCAGAGGACAGAAAUGUGACCUCUCUGAACCCAGAUCUGGACAGAGCUCCUGGAAUGACAGACAUCUCAGUUAACACAUCAGUAUAUCAACAUCUUUUGUUUCCAGCCAAGAUGAAACAGAAAAGGCAGGCGUUUGAUAAUAAGGACAACGUGAAAUGGCAGACCUGGAAUGGUUCCCUCCCUGAUGGAGCAGUGCUAAUUUACAACACAUAUGUGGGACGUAGUGACUAUGUCUGCAAAUAUGGAUGCCAUGCUGGCUUCUACAGCCAUAGCUUGGGAGAUUUCUGCCACUAUCCCUAUGGCGACAAAGAGUAUCGUACGGGCUCAUUUGAUAUCCUUGUGAAUGAAGACGACUUUGAGAUCGUGGAGUGGAAGAAAGGUUCCCAUGGUUCAGUGCCCGAACAUGCAGUUAGAACAUGUUCUAAUGAUGAGGUUUAUGUUGGAAAAAACAAGUAUGGUCUAGGUAAAGUGCAUCGUAAACACACUGCAUUUUUUCUACCUUGGAGAGGUAAAGAAUAUUGGUACAAGUCCUAUGAGGUGCUGACCAUUAAUAGAGAUAUUGACAGGGAGAUCAUCUCUGAUGUCAGGUAUAAAACUAACAACGCUAAAAUCUUCAAGUAUCCUCCAGAGACCAUGCGCAUCUCUUCCAGUAUUAACAAUGAAUGCAAUCCAGUGACAAAAACAGUAUCUCUUUCAAAGAAACUUAGAGAUGAGAAAAGGUGGGACAUUCGCGCUUCUGUCUCGGUUGGUGUCACUAAGACUUUUACUGCAGGAGUCCCUACCAUAGCAUCCGGAAGCAUUGAGGUUAGCGCUCAAUUUACAUUUGACUAUUCAAAUGGGGCAACUCAUGCAGAAGAGCUCACCCACACUGUUGAAGUACAGGUCCCCGUCCCACCAAACCACUCCUGCAAAGUUAAAAUGCUGGCUUAUAGGUACGAUGUAAACAUCCCUUUUACUGCUCUCCUCACCCGAACCUACAGGAACACAGCAAUGAAACUAUCACACAUCUCAGGGACAUACUCCAGCAUCCAGACGGGAGAGGUCCGUGCUGUGGUAGAAAGAUGUGAAUACCUAACUUCUGCACAGCCUUGCCCACAAAAGACAUAAUAACACAGUUGUAAUCAUGUGUAUAUACAAGUUAAGUUGUAAAGUAAAACUUAAUAUUCCAAAUUUAUCCCCCCAAAAAUAAAAAUGCAUCAAAUGUUCUGUUUGUCAUGCCAUA